AUGUCAGGAAAAGGAGCGAAAGGUCUGAUAAUGGGCAAAUCCAACGACAAGGACAAAGACAAAGACAAGAAGAAACCCACUACUCGUUCUUCUCGUGCUGGUCUCCAGUUUCCAGUAGGAAGAGUCCACAGACUAUUGAAACUGCGUUCAACCGCUCACGGACGCGUUGGCGCAACCGCAGCGGUUUACACAGCCGCUAUUUUGGAGUAUCUAACCGCAGAAGUCUUGGAGCUCGCUGGUAACGCGAGCAAAGAUCUCAAAGUAAAGCGUAUCACACCGAGACAUUUGCAGCUCGCUAUACGUGGUGAUGAGGAGCUUGAUACUCUCAUCAAAGGAACUAUUGCUGGUGGUGGUGUCAUUCCUCACAUUCACAAGUCUCUUAUCAACAAAUCUGGCCAAGAAUGA